GGCUGGCCACACAUCGAGGAUCUGGGACGUCUCAACAAGCAGUUCCGGCGACCAUGUUGCGAGUGCAUCAGGAGAUGGAUCAGUCAAGUUAUGGGAUCUGCAGUGUCGAAACAAGUCAGUUUGUGCAACUACUAUGACUGGGCAUGAAGGAGAUGUGUAUACUGUGAAAUUCCACCCAUCGAAUACUCAUGUUGCUACAGGUGGCUAUGAUAAGACUGUGCGACUGUGGGAUGUGCGCACAGGGCAACUUGUGAAGGUGUUUGCCGGCCAUAAUGCAUCUGUCUCGAGGGUGAUAUUCAAUCCGCACGGGAAUCUGAUCAUCACAGGGUCGAAGGACAGUACAAUUCGGUUCUGGGACAUAGUUAGUGGAGUGUGUGUGAACUCUUUCAGCUCACGGCUUGGGGAGGUCACAUCUGUGGAGAUGAAUCGGAGUGGGAGUCUGCUACUGAGCGGUUCCAAGGAUAACUCUAACAGACUGUGGGACGUGCGACUGGUAGGCUGACCUUCUUGCCUUUUUUUUUCCAAAGCAAUACUCUUUGGUUGCACAGUAUUUUGCA